AUGUCUGCCAAGAAAGUCCUUGUUGUCUUUGGUGUCACAGGUAACCAAGGAGGUUCCGUUGUCAACUUGAUUCUCGGAGAUCCAAGCAUUUCAGAGCAGUUUGAAAUCCACGGUGUCACACGAGAUCCAACAAAGCCAACCGCAAUUGCGCUCGCUGAAAGAGGAGUUACACUUCUUAAGGCCAAUCUCGAUGACAAGGAGUCCCUGAGAGCAGCAUUUAAGGAUGCCCAUACAGUGUUCGCAGUCACCAACUGGCAAGAAGUCUUGGACAAGGAAAGGGAAAUCCAGCAGGGAAAGAACAUUGCCGAUAUUGCGAAGGAGCUCAAUGUCCAGCAUCUCAUCUGGAGCAGUCUGCCAAAUGUCACCAGAAUUACCGAAGGUAAAAUAACUGGCGUCCUCCACUUCGACAGUAAAGCCAUCAUCGAAGACCACAUCCGCAGCCUCGCCAUCCCCGCAACAUUCCUCCAACUUGGCGUCUUCAUGGAACAGCUCCCCCUCAUGCUAGUCCCCACUUCCUCCAACACACAAAGCUACAAACUUUUCGCACCUAUUUCUACCAGUCUCAAGAUCCCGCUCAUCUCUGUGCAAGCCGACACGGGAAAAUACGUCAGAUCCAUUAUCUUGAAUCGCGAGAAGAUGCUAGGUAAAGUGGUAAUGGGUGGGGUGAAGGAAUAUACCGUGCAGGAGGCGGCUAAGAUUAUGGCUGCUAUUGGCGGGGUAGAUGUUGUGGAUGAUACGUGUACUUAUGAGGAGUACCAAAAGAUGUUGAUGGGAUUUGGACUGCCAGAGUUCGUAGCGGCUGAUAUGACAGAGAAUAUGAAGUAUUUUACAGAGUAUGGAUUCUUUGGAGGCCAGAAUGUUGAAGAUGACCAUUCGGUUUUGUCCGAGAAGCUUGAGAGCUUGGAGGAGUGGGUUGCCAAGAGUCCUCAAAUUGCUGCCAUGAAGUAA